ACAUUUUGUCUUCCCCCCAUGGACAGUUUGAGACGGGCAUGGUUACACACGGUGGUGUAAUGGGUUGUUCAACGCUGCCACAAGUGGAUGUGCUAAUCAGGAGUGUGGCUGUUCUGUUCAUCUUUUAUUUGAAGAGCAGACCAUGUCAGAGUGUACCGCGUUGUAUGAGAGUAAUUGAACAAUUGUUUGAACUGUAAACUACUGCAGUCUAUAGAUUGGAUGUGUUAUAUUUAAACUCACGGGUCACGGCACUUUUUACAUAGAGAAUAAUAGAAGUUUUAUGAGCUGGUUAGUAAAUUUGUUUUGUCGAGCUUGUUUCCAAAUAGUGCAGCACCCCGUUGGUGCCUGUAACUAAGGUUUUGGAAUUUUUGCUCUACCUCUGCACAUCUAUCACGGUGUCAAUACACAUCACCAUGCAUGGUUUACCAUGCCAGUGACUGGAAGCUUGUUAGGCAUCCCUACUUUUUUGUUUUGUUUUUUAAUAUUUUUGCUGCACUCAUAAUGGCAGCUCACAAAAUGACUUGAUACAUUCAAAACACAAGCCCUUUACAGAAUAUAAACGCAAGACAAAAACUGGUUUUUCUUUAUCUAUCCCAAGGGCAAAAUACUCAGUGACAGCAUCGCGAACACCCUCAAACACUACCUUUCUGUAACAUAUUUUUCAAGCGGAUGAAGGGGGAUACUAAUGUUAAAUAUAUCAACAAAACAUAGAACACAAAACCAUGGAUAUAAAUUAGAUAAGUUUAGAUUUAGGAAAGGCUUGGGUAGAUACUGGUUUGAAAACAGGGUUGUUAGUUAUAUAACAAAUUACAGUGUAACAUAAGACAUUGAAUCUACAUGCAGAUUGUUUCAGUCAUUGGUUAGACAUUUAUAUGACUGAGGGUGGAUAUAAAUAGAGCUGCCUCGUAUGCUCUUAUAUUUUAUUCAAAUACGGCCAUCAUUCAUUGGAACCUACUGUAUUUAAAUAUAAUGCUAGUGUAAAUUAACUUAAUCAACUAAUUAUUCUUUUUGUAUAUGCCUACAGAAAUGAUGUAAGGCAUUCUUAGUAGAGAGUUACAAGACUGCUGCUGCUCAUAAUUUUAAUGACCACUCUAGUAGCAUAGCUCUAAUUUAAUUUUACAGGAUCUACCCUUCCUCCCAUUAAAUUAAAAGAUGAAUAUCUAUUCAUCUGCUACUCACAUAUUCCCUGAUAAAUUUUAUACAGUAUGAUCUAUUUAUCUACCUCCAAGUACUGUAUAUCCACUGAACAAAUCCACAAGAGCCAUGAUGAGGCUUCGAACCUACGUCUGGGAUGAUCCGAGAUGCACCUUAGUCGACUGCGUCACUACAUGGUAAAAGAAUUGCAGCCUGUAGUGCUACUUGCCCUCACGAGACUCCUGUAGCUUCUCCGAAGCACAAACCGGGGUUUCACACAAUUCUCCCAUACACCCGGACUCUAUCAACAGAUGUUCUACCUCUUCGUCCUUACUUCAAUACACACAGAAAUCACAACAGCAUGAUAUGUCAAAUGAACAAAUCCACAAGGUUGUUCAGCGUACUGUGUGUGGAACUGACUGUGGGCGGAAGUGUCACAGUGCUCUGUGAGACUAACCAGAUCUGUCCCUCCUGGACGGACCGAAACGUUGUCGUUCCUCCAUCUUCUGAUGUGUGGUUUAGUCAUCGUAUCUUCAGCCAUGUUAUUGUAUUAACAUAGCAGAAGGGUCCAGCAUUCACGAUGGGGAGUAAAUUAAAGCCGGGUGGAGUCCGGCGACACCUGAAGGAAAAAGUUGUACAAAUGUACGAAGAUUUAUUCCAUGGCACAGACCCUUGCAUCAACAACCCUCGAUUUUGGGAGGAUCUCUUUUUACUUAAGCCAAAAAUGUCCGCAUUAGAAGGUGAAAUCAGCAGAUGUACAUCUGACCAGCUACUGGGACUGAAGGAAAAUAUCAACACGCUCUUUGCCAAGUGUGUCCAGGUGCUGGCACACGAACACCACAUACGUGUAAUCAAUGCACUUCUGACUUUAUGCAGUCUGGUCAGAGGAUUAUACAGAAAAAUGCAGGGCGACUAUGGCUUUGAUUUUAUUAAUAUUCUCAUCGGCUUCGAUGCUGCGGAGGAACAGAUGCAGCUAUUGCUAAACCACUGUUCAAAUUUCCUUACAGGUGAAUACUGUGACAGCCUCAAAUCUUUAAGUUUAAAGUUUCUGCUUGUACUGGCAACAGGAACAGACAACAUUAGUCAAAAUACUGUGCUCGAGUACCUCACGAUUAAUUGUAACUUUGAUGCUGUUAUUCAGCUGCUCAGUCAUUCCAGUACACGAAACCAGCAUGGGCCUGAGGCUGUCUUGUACCUUAUGCUUAUGGUAAACUAUCGCAAACAUGAGAUGACUAACCCGUACACAGUUAAUCUCUCUCUGCUGGAUGAUGAACUCGUCUUAAAUGGUUACGGACAAGUCAUCACAGCUUCUUUGGCAGACUUCAAUCACAAGUACUCGGCGCACUUCAUGGAGCCUCAGGGUUCGGGAUGGUUUGCAUCUCUCACCUCCAUGGUUGGCUCUAUGUUCUUGUCAGAGGAAAUGGCUACGCGCAAUGAGCACAUAAAAGCAAACGACUCAUUUUUACUGGCCCUAUAUGAGGCUGUCCACCUCAACCGCAACUUCAUCACUGCCCUUACGACAGCUACAGACCCAUCCACGCCACCCUCCCCAGCCAACACACUUGAUCGGGGUAUUACGCCACCAAUUCCAGAUUCACCUGAUGCACCCACCCCAGCGCCACCUGUUGAGAUGGAAACCUCUGUACAACCAACAAAUCUACUAGUUACUUUCUUAGAAUACUGCUCUAUUGUAAUGCAGGACACAAAAACAGAAGAAAGCCUCAACAAUGUCAAAUUGUGCUUUGUGAUAAUUACUUGCAUAGCUGAGGACCAGUACUGCAACCUGCUGCUUCAUGAUGCCAACCUCGUCUUCACCGUGCCCUUACACAGACUUCCCAUGAGACAUCGCAAGGUGAUACCAGAAAAAACGGCUCAUGCUCGUCCUCUGGCCUGUGCCGUAUUAGAUGUCAUGGUGGAGUUCAUGAUGUCACACAUGAUGAAGAAGCUUCCUAUUGAACUAUUCCACCAAAAUGUUAGCAUCAUUCACCGCUUGUUGUGCUACCAGAAGCGCAAUUCAGUGCGACUACCUUACAACUGGAAAGAUCUCUGGGCAGCUCUAAUUGCUCUUGCAAAAUUUCUGGUUACCAAUGAAGCCUACUUAGCCAAAAAGAUGAAUAUUUUUCAGCUUGCUCAUCAGGUAAUGAAUAUUUUCAACUUGUUUAUCACAUACGGAGACACAUUCCUCUCGACGCCUUCCAGUUACGAUGAACUGUAUUAUGAAAUAAUGCGAAUGCAUCAGGUAUUUGAAAACAUGUAUUCAAUGAGUCUUCGUUACUCUCGGACAGAUGGAGAUUACAAAGAAAGUGCACAAAGGCUUACAAACUGUCUUGGAAAUGUGAGAUCCAUCAUCAACCAUUUCUCUCCAAAGCUAGACAAGUGGAGCCAAGAACAUGGCAUCUCAACUCUCACUGAAGAACAGGUUCUAGAGGUUGUGCGCAACAACUACGACAGCCUUACGCUCAAGCUCCAUGACAGCCUUGACCAGUAUGAAAAGUAUGCUGAGAAGCCACAGCAUGCAAACUUCUUUGCUAAUAUGGUACGAAGCAUUCUCAGUGACACUAGACAAAGCAUAGAUUUCAGUGCUUUUGAAAACUUGACCAUACUACAGGAACUGAGCAACUCAACGUGAGGCUAAGUGUAAGGCGGUGUCAUGGGGAGUGACACGGCAGAUGACUUAAGUACUUUCAGAUUUGUUGGAAAGUAGUAUUUUUGUCCUCCAGUUACCAGGUUUAAUUCUUGAAAUACCUACAGAAUUAAAACUAAAAAAUGGGAUGUUUAAAUUAUAUCUUAUUUGAAAGCUGCUCAAGCAAUAGUUGAAGAAUGGUAUUGAAAUGAUGUAGUGAAGUAACUUAUUUAAACUGUAUAAUACUGCUUAAUGUGUAAAUAUAAUGUAUUUUCAAUCAAUUACAGUAGCUACUAAUUGCCAAUACAUGUAUUCUUACCUUCAGGUAGUGUAGUAUAACUUUAGGUGUUUUCAUAUAUAAAGUAUUUUGUAAUCAAGAUAUUUAACAUACCGAAGAUUUUUAGGCAUUAUUGUUAUUCUUUAUUAGGCACUUGACAAUAGAGAUGAGUAUGUGUGUUAAUUAAUGUUGCACGUAGCAGUAGAGCAUUUUAAUGGCUACAAUCAAACCUGUCAUUAUCAGUGUGUUUUGUUCUAUGCAUUUCAACUUCAAUUUAUUUGUAAAAUUAUUGUGAUUUGAAGAUUAUUACAGUAUCUUUUUGAUAAACAGGUAGAGUAGUCGCUUUGUAAUUCUUGACUUGUAAAUAUUUAUGUAUUAUAUUUUGAUCAAAACUUGAUGUAAUUCAACAACAUUAAAUUUUAAUAACUAUUUUUAGUUAAAAAUUAGA